AUGUCAGACGUGGCGGCGACGCCGCAGCAGCAUCAAGUCCCAAAUGACAACAACGUAAGAGAUUUGCUCACAAUGGCUCGCCAACUCAUCAAUCAAGGCAAACCUUCUCAAGCUCUCCAAGCGAUGUAUGCACCCACACGGUGGGCUCACACAUCACAGUUCAAACAUGAACUUGUGCUUACCGAGUGCUUGGGGCAGGUGGUAUCGGCAAUGAGAACCAAUGGUGGGGAUCAAGCUGUAUUUCAAUCCUUGCACCGUGCUCGUCAGCUGUAUUUGAACAGACUGCAAGAGAACACUGCUGUUGAUCAACUGGCCUCUUUGUUUGCUGAAUGUGCAAUUGCUGAAGCCCAGCCUUUAGAACCUGAACAAAUACCAUUUAAUGUAGCUGGCGAAUCCGCUUCAGCUGUACCUGAUGUUCAUGUAAACUCCAUACUCGCAGAAACUGGCAGGACGCAAAUCGUGUUGGAUGCAUUCUCAGAUGGGAGCAGUUUCAUCUGCCUACAAUGUGGUGGCCUUGUAAGUAAUCAUCGCAAGGAUGAGCACUAUGCAUACUGGUGUGGCAAACUCUGA